GUUUAUGACUCUGACUGUUGCGACAGCGUUCUUCUGGAGCUGCGAGAAUAUCUGCCAAAAUACUUUGGUGUCUGGUCACCACCUACUGCACCAAAUGAUACAUAUCUAAAACUGGAAGAUGUGACCCGUAAGUUUAAAAACCCUUGCAUAAUGGAUGUAAAAAUAGGUCAGAAAAGUUAUGAUCCGUAUGCUUCAGCUGAGAAGAUACAGCAGCAGGUCAGCAAGUACCCGCUGAUGGAAGAGAUUGGCUUUUUGGUACUUGGCAUGAGGGUUUACCAUGUCUCUUCUGACAGCUAUGAGACACAAAACCAGCACUAUGGAAGGAGCUUGACAAAGGAAACAGUAAAGGACGGCAUCUCAAGGUUUUUCCACAGUGGGUACUGCUUGAGAAAAGAUGUGAUUGCUGCUAGCAUUCGGAAGGUUGAAAAGAUUUUGGAGUGGUUUGAAGGCCAGAAGCAACUUAACUUUUAUGCAAGCUCAUUGCUGUUUGUUUAUGAAGGUUCGUGUCAGCCACCAACCGUGCGAUUGGGUGAUGUAACCUUGGCAGAGAAGAGAGGAGUGCCCAAAGGACUGUUAUCAGGUGGAGAUGUACUGGAGUAUAAUAAUAAUAUUCAUGUAAUAAAUUCUACAGAGAAUGGAAAAAUUGAGUCCUCUGUAGGUAAAGGCUUGUCCAAAUUUUAUGCGCUUCACAAAAAGGCAUACUCGAAGAGGCAUCACAGUCAACUCUCACUAAAAGUUGAAAACUUGGAGCAAGACAACGUGUGGAAAAGCAGCACGUGCAUUACACAAGAGCAUCUGAAUGGAAACGUUAUACCCCAACUGGAAAAAGUUUUCUGUCACAUGCCAGCAGACAUCAAGGAAAGCGCAAAUGUAGAAGUCCGAAUGAUAGAUUUUGCUCAUGUGUUUCCUAGCAACGCAAAGGAUGAGGGCUACAUUUAUGGUCUGAAGAAUUUAAUCACAGUACUUCAAAAUAUUUUGGAUAACUAAAUUCUUUGCUAUGUUUUUUACUGGGGGCCAAUGAUAAAGAAGAGUAACAACAUGAAGAAUUUCUGCACUUGUAAUGCUGUAUAACUGGGUUUCUAUUGUUCUAUAUUUUAUUUGUCUUUGUACUUUUGGUAGAAGGGUUUAACUUUUUAUAAUCUCACUCAGGAAAAUAAUUGAUAGUUAAUUAGGGAGUGUGAAAGGAUGAAGAUACUUAAGAUUAAGCAGGAUAGGUAAAUUAGAAUGAAAUGUGUAUGGCUGACUUAAACCCAAGGAGUACAGCUGUACAAUAAGCAAGGGUUAUGAUAGUUCUCCUUAUGACUUUAGCAUAGAUAACAUUUGCCCACUUAGCCUUGACACUGAGCCGUACCUCCAU